UUGUGAAUAAUAUUAAUGUAUAUAUGUGUGUGUAUAUAUAUAUAUACACAAAAUUACGCAAGGUCUUAAUUGAAAUGUACAAGCAGUAGUAGCUUAUGGUUAGUUGUGUUGGGUGGCUUUCCCUUUUUGUGUUUUCUUGUCAUUAUUCGUAUCAAACAAACUCGUCCCAACGCUCUUUCUACCAGGCGGAACCGGUUAUUUCCAAGCUUCCCUCCCUUGUUUUCUCCGCCACUUUCCCUCUCUUCCCUUAAUUACUCUCUCUCUCAUUCCUCUCCCACUUUUCUCUCCUCCUAUAAGGACUAUUACCCAUUUCUUUUUCUGGAUUCCCAAACACCUCUUUAAGCCUGGAAAAACACAAAUAACAAUGUCUUUCUCCGCCACCAAGUUCGCCCAACCCCUCCCUCUCAACACCACCUCCCCCAGAUCCAAUGAUAAACCCACUUUGCUCAAGUCCUCUUUUAUUGGAUCUACCCAGAAGCUCCGUUCUGUUCCUCUUGCUUCUAAGUCCAAUCAUUCCGUUUCUCGCCGUCGAUCCGUUGUUGUCGCCGUUUCCGACGUCGUAAAGGAGAAGAAGCGCCAUUCCACCACCAAUCUGCUGAUCACAAAAGAGGAAGGAUUGGUGCUGUAUGAAGAUAUGGUAUUGGGCAGAGCUUUCGAGGACAUGUGCGCCCAGAUGUACUAUAGGGGAAAAAUGUUUGGAUUCGUUCAUCUCUACAAUGGCCAAGAAGCAGUGUCAACUGGGUUCAUCAAGCUUCUGAAGAAGGACGAUUGUGUGGUGAGCACGUACCGGGAUCAUGUGCACGCUUUGAGUAAGGGUGUCCCUGCUCGUGCUGUGAUGAGCGAGCUGUUUGGGAAGACCACCGGGUGCUGCCGAGGCCAAGGUGGUUCCAUGCAUAUGUUCUCCAAAGAGCACAAUGUUCUUGGUGGAUUUGCUUUCAUUGGUGAAGGGAUACCAGUGGCAACUGGUGCAGCUUUCACAUCUAAAUAUAGACGGGAGGUGUUGAAAGAGGCAGAUUGUGAUAAUGUGACGUUGGCAUUUUUCGGAGAUGGUACCUGUAAUAAUGGACAGUUCUUCGAGUGUUUGAACAUGGCGGCAUUGUGGAAAUUGCCAAUUGUGUUUGUUGUUGAGAAUAAUUUGUGGGCAAUUGGGAUGUCUCAUCUGAGGGCUACUUCAGAUCCAGAGAUCUGGAAGAAGGGACCCGCUUUUGGUAUGCCAGGCGUUCAUGUUGAUGGAAUGGACGUGUUGAAGGUGAGGGAGGUUGCAAAGGAGGCAAUCGGAAGGGCACGGAGGGGAGAAGGGCCCACAUUGGUGGAAUGUGAGACAUACAGAUUCAGAGGACAUUCAUUGGCUGAUCCAGAUGAGCUUCGUGACCCUGCUGAGAAGGCACGCUAUGCUGCUAGAGACCCCAUUACUGCGUUGAAGAAAUACUUAUUUGAGAACAAGUUAGUCAGUGAGCAAGACUCAAAGGCCAUAGACAAGAAGAUAGAUGAGGUGGUUGAGGAUGCUGUUGAAUUCGCAGAUGAAAGCCCUCUUCCAUGUCGCAGCCAGUUACUGGAGAAUGUGUUCGCAGAUCCAAAAGGUUUUGGAAUUGGACCUGACGGGCGGUACAGAUGUGAGGAUCCCAAAUUCACUGAAGGCACUGCACAUGUCUAAUCUCUUAAGUUGAAUGUUAAUUUUAUCUUCUGGGUUUAGCUGUGGGAUUCUGAUGCGUGGUUUUAUACCUACUGCUAGCUGCUUAUCCGUCACUGAAAGUUUGUAUUAGCUUUUUUCCAUUGUAACAAGAACAUGUUGUUUAGGGUGGGUUUUCCUUGGUUUCAAUUUUGUUGAUGCUUCUCUUUAAAUUAUCAUUGUUUAUUUGAAAACUUAACAGAAAAUAAAAAAUAUAUUAUUGGUUA